CCCAUCUCGUGCAAUCUGUCCCUGACAUCCAGCGGGCGUACCGUACGGGGCUUAGUUACCGCUAAUCCAGGCAUGAAAGGCUCUUCGUAAUCGGCAGGCAUGUUGUUUCCCUGUCGACCGUUCGUCUCGCGCAACCCUCGCACAUUUCAUCAUCAUCCUCCCUCUGACUCCUGCAUUUCCUCUGUUUGCGCAACUUCUGGCUCCGGGGAGAGCUGUCCAUUCCUUCAUCGUCGCUCCCUCCCACCUAGUCGCUCCUUAUUUGAGAAAUUUAGUUCCUGAUACCCACUAGCACUCUUGAAACCGCCAUGUCCAGGAUACUGGGAAGAUCGAGGUCGUUGCGCAUGCUCAAAGGCGGCCAGAAGGAAACCCACCAACGGGAGACUGAUAGCGCAACGCCGCAGCCCACUCUUUCGCAGGCGGACGUCGAAAGAUUAAAGGCAGCAUCACCUGUCGCAAGAGCAGACCGACGAGUUGAAACUCCCGAUAUGUUGCAACGGCCGAAGACAUCAGGCGGGCCUGGCGAUCGCUCGACUCUUUUCCACAAAAAAGUGACUCCUGUCCACGGCGAGAGUCGCGGCUUUGAAUUUGCUCUCCCAUCGCCGACGAAAUCUACGACCGUCCUCUACGCCGCCGAAGUCGAAGAAAGGGAAGGAGUAAUCGGCAUCGCGCUUGGCAGUCCCAGCAUGGCCUCACACUGGAACACCACGCCUCAGGCAACAGACUUCGUCACCAACAAUCUCGGCACAUUCACCCAAAUCUCUUCACACAACAAUUCUCCCAAGUCAUUUCCGCAAUCGAUCGAGGCCCCCCAAGGGACGCCAAAGCCCAAGCUCAGCCGGUGGAAAUCAUUAUUCAAAAAGACGGCGCCUCCUCCACCACAGCGGGAGAAGGACUCUUUCUACCAAUUGGCGAAGUCAGUUGCCCCAGCGCGAGCUGAUAGCCACCAUGACAACGAGUCGCUGGACUCACGUUCCCUUGUGCACCAGGAGGACGACCCUCGCUCGGUAUCACCACCGACAUUCAGGCCCGAAAUCAGAGAGUCUCGCAAAUUGCCCAAAGCACACCCGCAAGCACAGCCAGCGGUAGACACAAGGCCGCGGGCUCUAACUAUGGGGGUGAAUCCGAUUGGAAAACCGAAGCCAUCGCUCCUACGCUCCGCUUCAAGUCCUAAACCUCUGGCCAAGGAUGGCUUUGGCGAUUCUCCGACAGUACCACGAGUGGUUGUCUCUGGUGGCUCCCACACUACCUCUCCACGAACGAACGGCGAGAAGCCACUACUUGAUGUCGAUAUCCCGACGGUCCACAUGGAGCGAUACAGCGUCAUGUUCAGCGGUCUGCUCCAAGGCAAUUCGAAUCGCCAAUCGUCGCUCUUACAACGGCGACAAGGCAACUCAGAAAAACUGAAACCACUGAACGAGCUGUCGGUCAAGAACGAGGAGGAUGGGUCCCACAACCGGUCCCUGAAACCACAGCGGAGGGCGACAUCGCCCUCAUUCGCGCCAAAGUCACCUGGCCAUUUGUCGCUCUUUCCUUCAGCCAACACUUCAAGGGCACCAUCUCCACGAGCCGUGACGGUUAAUCGACCGCGUCCAUUGCAACGCUCAAAGACUGCACCAGCUGUUUCCCCGCACCGACAAACCUUCCCAAAACAAACCGAGGACGGGGCAAAGGAUGCGUCUCAAGAGUCCAAAAAGGGUGAAACUCUAAAGCCAGGAACAGAUGCUGAAUCACGAGCGGCCACCCCUUCCUCAGACCGAAGCUUCGACUCUGACUCGGAAGAAAUCACCAUUGUAGUUGCCCAGGGAGCCCCAGGCCAGACCUGGCGACCGCGCCCGGAAGAGAAGGAGCCAGAAUGGGAAUUCGUCUCGAAACCAACAGCAAUUACUAAGAUGUCCGCGCUCUCGUCCCAUCCCGCCACGCAGCCUUCCUCGGCGCCCCUGGCGCCAUCACGCAAGAGGUCUGAAACGAAUUUAUCUCCUACCCCGCGAUCGGCUGAUCGGCCAGCUGCCGAGAGGAACCCUGACAACGCGCCUCAGGCGACUGUGGGCGUGGCCAGGUCGCUCUCGGUAACCCGUGCGAAUAGGCCUGAGCUGUUGAGACCGACGCUGUCGCCGGGGAGAUUUGUGGACAAUAAGCCUCUUACGCCCACGCUGGUCGAGUUGAAGAACCGCAAGAGCCAGAGGGUGCAGCUCGUGGAUGCAUGAAAUUUUCCUUUUCGUCUCUUUCUUAUUCCCGUUUCGUCCACAUGGCCUGUAGCGUCUGGAGUUUUCAUUGAAGGUCCAGGAUGUCGCCUUCUCACACCGUUUCCACUUCUCCGUUAGCGGGCGAUCAGGAGUAGCCUUGGGAGCGUUCCGUUCUCGGGCGAUAGGAGGCGAAACUUCGACAGUCCCAGACAGAGGGCUCGGAUUAUGCCGAGGUACCACCACUCUUCGGGUUCGGCUUUCUUUUCCUAUGUUCAGGGUUGACCGCAGGGCGGAGUAUGAAUUGGGAGAUUCAGGGACGGACUUAGAUACCAUUUGUUGCAUUUUGAUCGAGCAGUCGAUAGAGGCACGGAAAUUUAGGAUGGCAUUUGUAAGGCUG